CUCUCUCUCUCUCUCUCACAUAAAAGGGCGAAACUUCGCCGCCUCUCGGGCUCUCAGCCACUGCCUUCCUGCUCCUCGCUCUCUACCCCCUCCUAAAACCUCAGCGUGCGACUCUCACCCUCUCUCCACACACACAGAUAUAUAUUCAUAUAUUCAUCGUUCCCACCUUCACAGAAUAGGUGGUGAAAAUGGCUGGAAAGUCGAAUAAAGGGAGGAACCGUAAAGUGGCACAUAAUGCUGCAAAUUCUUCUGAUGCAGUGGUCCCGACUGAUGCUCCUGUGAAAGAUAACUCAAGCGCUUCAGAGCCCAUCAAAGCUGAUGCUAAUGGUGUUUCAGCUGUGGAAGAAUCAACUGAGGGCAAGCCAGAGGCAAAAGAGUCUGAAACAGAGAAUUCAACCAGCCAACCUAAGCAAGGCGACCUUCAUCUGUAUCCCGUCUCUGUCAAGACACAAAGUGGCGAGAAGCUUGAGCUACAAUUGAACCCUGGAGAUUCUGUUAUGGAUAUAAGACAGUUUCUGCUUGAUGCGCCAGAGACAUGUUUCUUCACAUGCUAUGACUUAUUGCUACACACAAAGGAUGGCUCCACUCAUCAUUUGGAAGACUUUAAUGAAAUUUCUGAAGUUUCUGACAUUACGAUUGGUGGUUGCUCCUUGGAGAUGGUUCCUGCUUUAUAUGAUGAUAGAUCUAUAAGGGCUCAUGUUCAUCGUACACGAGAAUUACUUUCCCUGUCCACACUUCAUGCGUCACUAUCAACAUCACUUGCAUUACAGUAUGAGACAGCACAAAACAAAGUAUCAAGUCCUGGAGAUACCACAAAAACUGAGGUCCCAGAGCUUGAUGGUUUGGGUUUUAUGGAGGAUGUUGCCGGUUCAUUGAGCAAUUUGCUAUCAUCACCCUCGAAAGAGAUCAAAUGUGUGGAGAGUAUUGUGUUUUCAUCCUUCAACCCCCCACCAAGCUAUAGAAGGCUUGUUGGGGAUUUGAUUUAUUUGGAUGUAGUGACAAUGGAGGGUAAUAAACAUUGUAUUACGGGGACUACCAAACUGUUUUAUGUAAAUUCAAGCACCGGGAAUACUCUUGAUCCUCGGCCGAGUAAAAGCAAUUUGGAAGCUACCACACUUGUUGGACUUUUGCAAAAGAUCAGCUCUAAGUUCAAAAAAGCUUUUCGUGAAAUUUUGGAGCGGAGGGCUUCUGCACAUCCUUUCGAAAAUGUUCAAUCUUUAUUGCCACCAAAUUCAUGGCUAGGGUUAUAUCCAGUUCCAGAUCACGAGCGUGAUGCAGCCAGAGCAGAGGAUGCCCUUACUCUCUCCUAUGGUAGUGAGUUAAUUGGCAUGCAAAGGGAUUGGAAUGAGGAGUUGCAAUCUUGUAGGGAAUUUCCACAUACAACUCCUCAGGAAAGAAUUUUGCGGGAUAGGGCUCUUUACAAAGUGACUUCAGACUUCGUUGAUGCAGCUAUGAGUGGUGCUAUUGGAGUCAUUAGCAGAUGCAUACCACCUAUAAAUCCCACUGAUCCAGAGUGCUUCCACAUGUAUGUCCACAAUAAUAUAUUCUUCAGUUUUGCUGUUGAUGCGGACCUUGAGCAGCUGUCUAAGAAACAUGCAGAUUCUAGUUCAAAGAUCGGGAGCACUGGCUCUUUACGCAAUUCUUCUGAGAAGGCUCCUGAUAGCUUGUUGCAUGGAGAGAGGGGAAUUCCCAAUGGGGAAAAAUGCGAUAGAUCAAGUACAAUGGAAUGUCAUGUUGCCAUGGAAUCGGCUCCUGAUGUUUCUGCUGAAACACAAUUGGGUGAAACCGAGCAGGCUACUUAUGCUUCUGCAAAUAAUGAUUUGAAAGGCACCAAGGCAUACCAAGAAGCUGAUGUUUCUGGACUUUAUAAUCUCGCUAUGGCCAUAAUUGAUUACAGGGGACAUAGAGUAGUAGCUCAGAGUGUUUUACCGGGCAUUCUUCAAGGGGAUAAAUCAGACUCUCUUCUAUAUGGUUCUGUUGAUAAUGGAAAGAAGAUAUGCUGGAAUGAAGAGUUCCAUUCCAAAGUGGUGGAAGCUGCUAAACGCCUUCAUCUGAAAGAACACACUGUCCUUGAUGGAUCUGGAAAUGUUUUUAAGUUAGCAGCACCGGUAGAAUGCAAGGGUAUUGUUGGUAGUGAUGACAGGCAUUAUCUCCUUGACUUGAUGAGAGUAACUCCACGUGAUGCAAACUUCACUGGGCCUGGGUCCAGAUUUUGUAUCUUGAGGCCUGAACUAAUUACUGCUUACUGCCAGGUCCAAGCUGCAGAUAAACCAAAAUGUAAGUCAAGUGAGGGAGAAGGUCAUGUCACCAAGGAUUCUCCAAACAUCACCGAUGUUAAAGAGGACAUAACAGAAGAAGGGAAGGACACAGAUGCAGAAGGUGCUUCUCCACCCACCGACAACUCUGAAUCAUGCAAAGGAACUCUUUCCAACCCUGAUGCCUUAACUGAGUUUAAGGUGGCUGGAAGUGAGGAGGACAUAACGGAAAAAGGGAAGGCCACAGAUGCACAAGAAGGUGCUUCCCCACCCACGGACAGCUCUGAAUCAUGUGAGGACAUUCUUUUCAACCCUAAUGUCUUCACUGAGUUUAAGUUGGCGGGAAGUGAGGAGGAGAUUGCAGCAGACGAAGGAAAUGUGAGGAAAGCCAGUGUGUAUCUUACAGAUGUUGUGCUUCCGAAGUUUAUACAAGACCUUUGCACACUUGAAGUAUCACCAAUGGAUGGGCAAACACUAACUGAAGCACUCCAUGCUCAUGGAAUUAAUGUUCGCUAUAUUGGGAAAGUGGCUGAUGGGACCAGACAUUUACCUCAUCUUUGGGAUCUUUGCUCUAAUGAGAUUGUGGUGAGAUCGGCAAAGCACAUUCUCAAGGAUGCCUUGAGAGAAACGGAUGAUCAUGAUAUUGGGCCUGCAAUCUCCCAUUUCUUCAACUGUUUUUUCGGAAGCAGUCAAGCUAUUGGCUCUAAAGUGGCUGCUAAUAGUGUGCAGUCUAGAACCCCCAAAAAAGAACAAACAGGCCAUCAAUCAUCAGGAAAGCUGUCCAAGGGACAAGGAAGAUGGAAGGAUGGAGCAUCUACAAGAAAGAAUCAAUCCUCAUUUAUGCAUGUUAGCUCAGAAACUCUAUGGUCUGACAUUCAAGAAUUUACAAAGCUCAAAUAUCAGUUUGAGCUGCCAGAGGAUGCUAGGACUCGUGUAAAGAAAGAUUCUGUUAUACGUAAUCUUUGUCAGAAGGUGGGCAUUACAAUUGCAGCUCGCAGAUAUGAUCUUAAUUCUGCAGCACCUUUCCAAAUAUCAGAUAUCUUAAAUCUUCAACCUGUAGUGAAACACUCAGUUCCUGUGUGUUCAGAAGCUAAGGAUCUUGUGGAAACAGGAAAGAUCCAACUGGCAGAGGGAAUGCUGAGCGAAGCCUACACAUUAUUUUCUGAAGCAUUUUCGAUACUUCAGCAGGUUACUGGUCCAAUGCAUCGGGAGGUUGCAAACUGCUGUCGGUAUCUUGCCAUGGUCCUAUAUCAUGCAGGAGAUAUGGCGGGAGCCAUAAUGCAACAACACAAGGAACUAAUUAUAAAUGAGCGUUGCCUGGGUCUAGACCACCCUGACACUGCUCACAGCUAUGGAAAUAUGGCUCUUUUCUAUCACGGACUUAAUCAGACAGAGCUUGCAUUACGACACAUGUCCAGGGCAUUGCUCCUGCUAAGUUUGUCAUCUGGCCCAGAUCACCCUGAUGUCGCUGCAACCUUCAUUAAUGUCGCUAUGAUGUACCAGGAUCUUGGGAAGAUGGACACUGCCCUUCGAUAUUUGCAAGAGGCUUUGAAAAAGAAUGAGAGACUUCUAGGGGAGGAACAUAUCCAGACUGCUGUAUGCUAUCAUGCACUUGCUAUUGCAUUUAAUUGUAUGGGUGCCUUCAAACUCUCUCACCAGCAUGAGAAGAAAACCUACGAUAUACUUGUGAAACAAUUGGGCGAGGAGGAUUCAAGAACACGUGACUCUCAAAACUGGAUGAAGACAUUUAAGAUGCGUGAGCUACAGAUGAAUGCACAAAAGCAAAAAGGUCAAGCUUUGAAUGCUGCUUCAGCUCAAAAGGCAAUCGACAUCUUGAAGGCCCAUCCUGACUUGAUGCAGGCAUUCCAAUCUGCUGCCAUAGCCGGUGGGUCUGGGAGUUCUAACCCUUCUGUCAACAAAUCUCUUAAUGCCGCAAUAAUUGGUGAAACUCUUCCACGCGGUAGGGGAGUUGAUGAGAGGGCUGCUCGUGCAGCAGCUGAAGUUAGGAGGAAGGCAGCAGCAAGGGGCCUCUUAAUACGUCCACAUGGUGUUCCAGUCCAAGCCUUGCCUCCACUUACCCAGCUUCUCAAUAUCAUCAAUUCAGGUGCAACCCCAGAUGCAGUAGAAAAUGGAGAAACUGAUGGAGUAAAGGAAGCCAACGGUCAUCCUGUAAAUGGUCCGGCGGAUGCCAAAAAAGAUCAAUCAACAACUGACCAGGAAGGUCAGCCUCCAGUUGGAUUGGGCAAAGGCUUAGGAGCAUUGGAUGCCAAGAAACCGAAAUCAAAAACCAAAGUUGCAUCUUGAGAUUCAAGUCAGAUUUUAUUAGCUGACAAGGUGGGUUUCUUUGUGAGGUUUGGCUAUUUUGAGGGAAGAAAUUUUUCUAUUGGUUUAAGGAUGAGAACCGAGUCCACUGAACUUUUGGAAGGUAGAGAACUCUUGAGAUGUGUAUGAAAUCCGUGGAUGUUCUGUGUAAUUUUUUAGUAUAAUAAUCAGGCUUGCAGAUAGAUUCAGGCAGCAAAAGAGCAAUUUCCGGAGCAAAUAGGCCCCUUAUGUAGGACUUGCCCCUAGUACUGACUGAUGGAAAAAUUCUGUUGUUUUUUUGUUUCGAUAUUUACCCAAAUUUUAAGAAUCA